CAGGCGGGUGGCCGGGAGGGUGAUGGCAGGGGCCGCAGCAGGCGGCAGGGGCGGAGGUUCCUGGGGGCCGGGGCGCGGAGGGGCCGGGGGACUCCGGCGGGGCUGUUCUCCACCAGCCCCCGCCGGCUCCCCCAGGGCUGGGCUGCAGCCGCUCAGGGCCACAGUCCCCUUCCAGCUGCAGCAGCCGCACCAGCGCCGGGACGGGGGUGGCCGUGCAGCCAGUGUCCCAUGUUCGGUGGCCCCAGAAAAGUCAGUGUAUAGGCCUCAGCCACCCCAGGUCCGACGAACAUUCUCCCUGGACACCAUCCUCACUUCCUACCUUCUGGGCCAGUGGCCACGGGAUACCGAUGGGGCCUUCACCUGCUGUACCAAUGACAAGGCCACCCAGACACCCCUGUCCUGGCAAGAGCCGGAAUGUGAGCAGAUCAGCUCCUCCACCCACAAGCGCUCAGCAUCCUGGGGUAGCACAGACCACCGAAAAGAGAUCACCAAAUUGAAGCAACAAUUGCAGAGGACGAAGCUGAGCCGCAGUGGGAGGGAGAAGGAACGGGGUUCUCCCAUCCAAGGGGACCAUGCUGUGCGGGGAUCGGUGAGAAUGGCCUCUCCUAGCUUCUCCUCAGGAUCCCCUGUCUUGCGACUUAGCCCCUGUCUGCACAAGAGCCUAGAAGGACUCAACCAAGAGCUGGAGGAGGUGUUUGUGAAGGAGCAGGGUGAAGAGGAGCUUCUGAGAAUUCUUGAAGUCCCUGAUGGGCACCGGGCACCAGCUCCUCUGCAGAGGGACAGCUGCGAUCAUCCUCUCCUCCUCCUGGAGCCAGGCAACCUUGCCAGUUCUCCCUCCACAGCCCUGGCAUCCCCCCAGCCUUCUGGGCAGGCUAGUCUUGAGGAGCUGACAUCCUUCCCCAGUGACAAAGCUUCCUCUCUGGGUCACCCAGCCUUCCUUGAAGAUGGCAGCCCGUCUCCAGUCCUUGCCUUUGCUGCCUCCCCUCGGCCCAAUCACAGCUACGUCUUCAAGCGGGAGCCCCCAGAAGGCUGUGAGAGAGUGCGUGUGUUUGAAGAGGCCGCGUCCCCAGGUCCUGAUCUGGCCUUUCUGACUUCCUGUCCUGACAAGAACAAAGUCCAUUUCAAUCCAACCGGCUCAGCCUUCUGCCCUGUCAGUUUGAUGAAGCCCCUCUUCCCCAGCAUGGGUUUCAUCUUCCGCAACUGCCCCUCAAAUCCAGGAUCUCCUCUUCCUCCUGCCAGCCCCAGGGCACCACUUCGGAAGGAUCCAGAGGCUUCCAAGGCCUCCCCACUGCCAUUCGAGCCAUGGCAGCACAACCCGCCAUCAGAAGAGUCUGUACUUUUCCAGAGCUCCUUGGUAGUCUGAGGGGACCCCCUCCACACAUGCACAUACUUUGCUACGGAGACCAGUGCCUUGGUGGCAGGCCUUUCUUUAGCUCCCUGAGUUGAGGGAUGGGAAGUCCUUUCCCUCUCGACCUUCGAGCACUUUCGUUUAUUGUGUCAAAGCCCUGAGUCCUCUUUCUGAUGGAUAUGAGCCUCUCUGAAUGUGAGGGGACUUGCUUUCUCCAUUAGCAGCUGGGCAACUCAAAACUCAACACCUGUGUACCUGCCACUUCCCUCAUUUGAUGGAAACUCACCUAGGUCCUGAGUCCCCCACCCCAGGGUGUGAGUCCAGUUGAAUUAGAGUAGGCUCUUGCUGGCAUGGAGCAGGCUGGCUGUGACUGAGGGGGAGGGGAUGUCACAGCUUUCUUCCUACUCCACCUCUAGAGACACAGAAGAGCAGAUCAGAAGAUAAGUACCCAUCCUCAUGCCUCCCUCCUCUUGGAGACUGACCAAAGCGGCCCUAAAGGGCCAUAACACUUGACCAAUUCAGCUGCUGGCAGUGCGGGGAACCAAAUGUUUUCCCAAGUGGCAUUUCAUCUCACCCUCACCCUGACUAAAGAUUGUCUUAAGCAGCAGCCCAGCUCCCCGGUGUGUGGUGGAGGAAGAGGGAGAGCGAGUGUUCCUUCAGGUGACAGUGGUAGCUCCAAACCCUCCACCGGUCCCAGGGCUGGGCUGGAUUAGAAAAAUGCCUAUUUUUCUUGUAUCGAUGUAGAACUCUAUUUUCUCCCAAAGACACUAUUUUUGCAGCUGUUUGAAGUUUGUAUAUUUUCCAUAUUGCAGAGCUUACACACAAUUGAAGAAGAAUGUUAAUGUUUGAGUUUUCUUAUCUUGUGUUUAGAAGUUGUUGUUGGUUUUUUUUUUUUUGUGCAGAUCUUGUUAAUAGACCAAAUAAAUAAGUAUUCCCAGCA